GGAAGCGCGAGUCACAAUCUGCCCAGGGCGGAGGGUGAGACGCGGUGCGGGGAGCCCACACACACUCAUAUAUACACACACGCGCGCGCGCUCCCGCACACAAACACAUACAGACACACACAAGGCAGCACGGAGACGCACGCGCGCGCGCCGGUCUGGGAGAGGGACGAGAGGCGUCCGAAACAGAGCGCGCGUGCGUUAUAAACGGGCGGUGACAGGAGAAGAAGAGAGUUCCGAGGUGUUUCUUUCUUUUCCUUUCUUUUCCUUCUCUUUCUGAGGAGUUCAGCGAGAAGAGUAGAGCAGAGCAGAGCAGAGCGCACGGAGAAAGUGCUCGGACAAAGCCAAAGCCAGUGCAGUAGGAACGGUGUCGGAGGGAGGACGCGCGCUCCGGUUCCAGUUCUUUAUUUCUUUGUCUUUAUUUCUGUUGGUUUGACUGUGCUGAGCGCGCUCACGAUGAACGCCCGAGAGGAGAACCUGCUGAAGUCGAUCAGCGGGGACGCGCUGCUGGACCUCACGCAGCGCUACGGCCAGUCUGCGCUCGGCUUCGGGCCCCCUCGCAGUGGAGACAGCCCCGCGCGCUGCUUCCCUCUCGCGCCCUCCGCCGCCGCGGCUGACUUCCUUUCCGCGCGCGCGGCCGCCAAAGCCGGCGAGAGCGGCGGCGAGCACACCAGCGACGACGACGACGGCUUCGAGCUGGACGCGCGCAAGAGGAGCCCCGGGUACGGCGACGGACACCUGGACGGCGGGCACGACGGCGACGACAAGCGCGCGGGAGGCGGCGCGCUCGGCAAAAAACCCAAGGAGCAGCGCUCCCUGCGCCUCAGCAUCAACGCGCGCGAGCGGCGGCGCAUGCACGACCUGAACGACGCGCUUGACGGCCUGCGCGCGGUUAUACCCUACGCGCACAGCCCGUCCGUGCGCAAACUGUCCAAGAUCGCCACGCUGCUGCUUGCCAAAAACUACAUCCUGAUGCAGGCGCAGGCGCUCGAGGAGAUGCGCCGGCUCGUGGCCUACCUCAAUCAGGGCCAGGCGGUCACGUCGUCGCCCGUUGCGCCGGCGCUCGCGCCCUUCGGACAGGCCGCCGUGUACCCGUUCACGGGCGCGGCGCUGGCCAGCUGCGCCGAGAAAUGCGCGUACCCGGGCUCGCCCGCCAAUCUCUUCAAACACUGCGGGGACAAGCCUUGACUGCGCGGCGUCGUGGAGCUGAACUUGUAAAAAGCGAGGCGGGGAGCGCGUGCGCUGUGUGCCGCGUGCCGCGCGCUUGAAGCGUCAUAUUUCUUGGGAAAGAAAACAACAACAACAACUACAGCAAUCACCACAACAACAAUGGAUUUUUAGUGAAACCCAUAAAUACUCCUUACAGCUUGUUUAAAUCACUGCGAUGUUUAAUCCAGAUUUACCAGAUAAAUGUAAAAAGAAAAAAAUCAGUGUGAGAUGGGAUCAGGUAUUCUGGGUCAUUGGGCAACAAGGGAGCGCCUCAAAACUCGUUAAAAAACUUUUUUAGUCCACAUUUAGCUAUUGGGCUGGAAGAUAUGGUCAAAAUUGAUAUGGCAAAAUAGUUCUUAAUUUUACUGCGUGUCGUUUAUUUCCAAAACAAAACUGUCAGUGACAGGUGCUGUAAAUAAUGUAAAUUAAAUUUUCAUGAAUUGUAUCACCUUAUUAAUACAUCUAUCGAUUGGUAUAAAUUGAUACUCAAUUAUUGUUCAACUCAAGUACAGGGUUUCAUUCUUUGUUCUAUUUUUUAACACUUAAUUUACCUUAAAACUUAAAAGAACGAGUGACCAAUGUCCCUAAUGUUUGAUCUGAUGGCCCGCAGUACCUGAGUCCUGGUUGAAAUCCUUUCAGUCCCGCUGCUUUUCUUCUCUCUCCUCAAUCAAUUAAGCUUCAGAACUGUCAACAGUGUGUGAUAUAACUGGUUGCAUUGGAGUGCAUGAUCAUUGGUCCUUCUAAAAGAUGUAAUGAUAUGUCAGAAUUCAGAACUCUCUCCCCUUUCUAAGAAAUUGAGUGUAUUAUUGGUAAACUAUGCAACAUUUAAAAACUGAAACUAAACUGGAAAACAAAUUUGAUUUCUCUUGUAUUAUUAUUAUUAUUAUUAUUAUUAUUAUUAUUAUUAUUAUUAUUAUUAUUAUUAUUACUACUACUUCGCAAUCAGCAGUCAGACAUGAGUGGGAGAAACUCUAAAGAAACUCUAAAAUCUCUCUUAACCCACCACUCCUCCCUUCACCUUCUUUUCUCAAUGCUCUCUAUGGACAAACUAAAAGGCUGUGUAUAACACAUUUCCAAGUUGUUGGUCUCUGAAGAUGAUUCUGGACAUGUUCUUGCACAAAUUCACUUGAUUGUAUUGUACAACUGUGAAGAAAAACUACUUGAUAAAGCCUGAAGUGGCGAAGCGUUUGGUCUUGUUGCUACAUGAGUUUCAUAUAUUGUUUAUACGUCUUUAUAAUUAAAACAUUAUCUAUCAGCA